AAUACACUGUGCCAAAAUUUUGGCGCAGCAUGGUUGGAGGAAGAAAUUUAGGUGGUACUCAAAUUUGAGCUCAAGUGGUAUUUUGAGCUAAUCUAUUUUCCGUAAACCUAAUAAAAUACCUGUAGAAGCUCCUGCACUUGGUGCAUACAAAAUGCAGCCGAUGGGGGUGUGGCACGCGGCGCACGCCGGCCUGUACGCGGCCACCGCCGGCCUCACGGGCAAGUUUGCCGCCUCGUACAGCGAGGCCCACUGGCUCUGCCUGGUGGUCUCCAAGUUCCUCAUGUUCUCCGGCGCUGUGCAGCCUCAGCUGGGAUUCUGUGAUGAGCGUGUGACCCUGUUCCGGGUGGCCAUGUUUGUGCUGACGCUGCUGGUGAACGCGCUGCUGUGGACCACCUUCAGCAAGGCGCUGCGACACUCGGCAUCCUCGCUGGAGGCUAUCGUUAUCACCACCGCCUCCAACAUGCUCAUCACGGCCGUCAUCAGCCAGGUGCUGUUUGGUGAGACGCUGGGCGUGCUCUGGUGGUCUGGCCUGGUGUUGGUCGUGUUCGGACUGGCCCUCAUCCACGCCGGCUCGGUGCAGCUGGCGCAGAAGCGGCGCAAACACAGAUGAUGGCUGUGUCGGUGCGGGGCGGCCGCCGCGCUGGUCCGCCUCGCACUGCCGCGCGGCACCAAAAUCCGCCUGUAGGCGCCGCGGGAGCAGCAGGAGGGACAGGAGUGGCGAGGUAGGAGUGGCAGGGGUAGGCGUUAGCGUCACCGCAGGAGCAGGGGCAGUCCUAGAAGUUGGAGUCGAUUCUGCUCCUAUAGUCAACACACAACAGGCUUUGUGUGUGAUAGCUGCUGUUGGACCCACGGAAGGCUUCGGCAGAGUCUGUGCGUAGACGAUAACGGACCUCCGGGCUACGAGGACUGUAGCAAUCGGCGUCCAGCGCCGCUGA